AUGGGUAAUGCUAACAGCAGAAAGGGCGAAAGCGAGUUCCUGGUGCUUAUACAAGAUGACUCGGUUCAUGGAGAUGCUCUCAAUGAUUCGCAGGAAUUCAUGCACCUUGGUAGUGUGCUCAGUACUGACUGCUGUCUGGAUCGUGAAAUUGAGAAUCGCAUUAGGGUGGCAUUUUGGAAUAAGAAGUCAUCUACAGUCUCACAAAAGGCAGAAUGUCACUUUAUAGCGACGCAACGUCCUCGCAGUUUGGUGGACAACACAACAACAGUACUGCUGCCACGCUGGUACUGCACGACUGCUGCUCAUAAAAAAGGUGACCAGGCUAGCCAACCCUAUUUAACUCAACCCCAUUUAAGCCAACCCCCUCCAACUCGACCCACAUCCAACUCAACCCACAUGCAAGUCAGACCACAUGCAACUCAACCCACAUGCAAGUCAGACCACAUGCAACUCAACCCCAUUUAA